AUGUGCGCGAGUUGUGAUUGGCUCAGGGCGAGGUCACGUGACGGACCGACGCCUCGCGCUGCAGCGGUCAGCGAGUGCAAGUGUGCGAUAACAGCAGCAGCGGCUCUGUCUGGAGCUCACACUGUACAUUACAGAAGCCCCCUCCUCUGGAAGACGGUGUUUCUCCCAUUAUGGGCGACAAGAAAAGCCCAUCCAGGCCAAAAAGACAAGCCAAGCCCUCUGCAGACAACGGAUUUUGGGACUGUAGCGUCUGCACCUUCAAAAACAGUGCAGAGGCAUUCAAAUGCAGUAUAUGUGAUGUGCGGAAAGGUACAUCUACAAGAAAACCUAGGAUAAACUCUCAACUCGUGGCACAGCAGGUCGCUCAACAGUACGCCGCCCCACCCCCAGCCAAGAAAGAAAGAAGGGAAAGGACAGACCUGCCUGACGACGACCACUUCGACAUGGACAACUCCGACUCGGAUAGACUCAGCAGUCUCCACCCUGACUCCGACCAUCCCGAAAGAUUAGGUCUGGACGGAGGUCAGCUGGACCGUGGACAUUCUCACAAGGAUCGGAGACAGGAGCGUGGUCUAGACAAACCGCAACCGCUCCAUACAGACCGGAGGCCUGAGAGAACAGGACUGACCCCAGACCUUCAGCAGCAGCAGCAUCCGCAGCAGCAGCAUCAGCAGCAGCAGCAGCAUCCGCAGCAGCAGCAUCAGCUUCAGCAGCAGCAGCAGCAGCAGCAGCAGCAGCAGCAGCAGCAGCAGCAGCAGCAGCAGCACAACAGAACAGACACAGAGCACACGGACAGAGCAAUGCUGGACAAACUUCAGCCUCACAGAGAGCACAUGGAUAAAGAUCAUCCGCACACGGCAGGCUCUGGGAUGCAGCCGGCAGAGAGGAUGGGUGCAGAGAGAGAGGAACUCAAAAAAGGAAAAAUAGAGAGAGCCAUGAUGGAGAAACACAAAGAGAGACCUAAAAGCCUCACGCCCAGUAAAAAACCCACUGCUAAGAAGAUGAAGCCCAAACUCAUUCAGAAAGGUCCAGCUGGGGAAAGUAACGGCAUGAAGGCUGGCAAGUCUGUCACGAAGAAUAACAAAUCUAUAAUUUCACGACCUAAACUGAAGAACGUGGACAGGAGCUCGGCUCAGCAGCUCGCUAUAACGGUGGGCAAUGUGACUGUCAUCAUCACAGACUUUAAGGAGAAGACUCGCUCCUCCUCCACCUCCUCCUCCACUGUCACCUCCAGCGCUGGCUCUGAGCAGCAGCACCUGAGCUCCAGCUCAGAGAGCACGGACAAGGGGUCGUCCCGCGCCUCCACCCCCAGAAGAGACCAUUCUUCUGGCCACAAUGAGACCAUGUGAAGGGGAAGAGAUUCACACACUGCGAUUUUCACUUGGCGAGGCCCAGAGCUCCUACAGCCACACUCGUAACUGUACAUGGAAGAGGGAUCUUUCCAAUCCAUUAAGACAAUGUCCAUCUUGACACAUCGGCAGAAGUGUACCUGUCGAAAACCCUCGUGGAGCACCUUGUAGAUUGAUGUGUUGAUGUUCACGUGAGUCACUGUCACGCCGAGACCCACUGUAUAUUCUGUGCCCUACUCCUUCCAGAUAUAAUCCAUGUUUGUGCACCACGGAAAUCAGCGCUCCCAAGUUUGCAUUAUUAUUGUUCAUUGUCAUUAAAUCGUGCAGACGGCUGUUUUGACUUUGUGUUUAGAACGUAGAAUCGUUUAUGCUAAAUGUACAGUAUCUGAGCUCAUUCCUCCAUCUCUCAGACAGCUCCGAGUCAAUGAUCUGUUGCUGCGGCUGUUUGUAGAAAGCGAGUUCUCGUCAAUAAGAUCACGCUAGACCACCGUGUACAGAGAGAUUUGUUCCCUUAUUAUUUCAUAUGACAAACUCUUGUGUGUUUACAUGGUGGAAACACAAACUGUGAUGUGAGUUUACAGUAUUAUAAAUACAAGGCCAACUUUGAAAUCCAUACUGUGUACCAUGUAGACAUGUUUUGUGGUUCACAAGAUGAUAAGAGAGUAUUUAGAAUAUUGUUCUUUAUCUUGCUCUGUUUUUAGACUUUAAACCUUUGCAUAUUUCUUGUAAAAUUAUAUCGAGAUUCACAGUACUGUCUAUUAUUCAACUUCAUGGCAACGAACGGGUGGAGAGAGAAACCGGCAGUUGUUGGAAUAUGAAGCAGCUUAUCUAUUUGUGAGAUUUCAUACAGUAUAUUUACGGUUUACCAAGAUCUCUACUAAAAAUUUGGAAAAUACUCCCAAUAUAGCAUUGUGUUGUAAAAAUUGGCUGCUUCUCGCCCAUAAAGACGAUUUGCACAGGUUUACACAUUCAUUCUGACCUUUGUUAAAAAUCUAGAAGCUUAUGAAGCUAAUAAAAUCCUUCUGAAACUCAUUAUGGUCUCAAAGCAUCUUGGGGACUUUGAUGUGAUAAUUUAGAUUUUCUACAAGCAGUUUAUUCUUGUGUAGUAACCAAUGUAUAUGAAGUGAAAAUCUGUUUUCUGAAUGCAUGCUGUUGGUCUUAUUGUGAACAAUUCAUCCAUGCAUAUGCUUUUUUUUAUUUUUUGACCUCAUGGGGUUUAAUCACAAUAUCAUAACUGGACCUUCCACAGAAAACAACAGACUUCUCUCUGGUGACGUAUGCAGGACUUCUUCAUUUAGUCCUGCCACUGCAAGCUCAUGCUCAACUGCAUCGACAUGUCAACAUCCAAUCACCUGAUGCUAAGCCCCUCCCAAACAUUUUUUGUCUGUUUUGAUAAUUUGUUAAACUCCUAUACAUUGCAAUAUGGAAGAAGAGGUCUGUUGCUACUUCUGCUUCAUCUUGACUUUAAAACGGGUGCAUAUAAUCGCAAGCUCUUUUACAUGUUCAUUAAUUGUUUAUUAGAUAUCCAUUGAAUCUACCACAAUCUUAGCAAACCUUCCCCGUGUGAUUUAGAUAAGACAUAUUCUUAGAUCAACAUCUCUUGUUGUUCCAUUACUUACUGGAACAUCAAUGAAAUUUUGUAGGUCUCAACCCCUUAACCCUUAAAUCAGAGGGCAAACAAAGGAUGUUGAUGCAGUAACAUGUCCUAUCCAUCCUCUGGUUUUAGCACAUAGCAGCUGGUUUCUAGUUGGUCUGAACUGGUCAUUAGCUGUUACCAUGCUCCAAAUAUCACCUUUACCUCCCUAAUCUAACCCUAAUCAUAAUCUUAUACUAUAAUAUACUAAAAUUAAAAACUUUUGAAUUUUUAUUUUUUAAUUCUAAAGCAAAUUCAAAACAUAACUAUUUUAGUAAUCAAAAUAGUUAUUAAUAUAAAUUAGUUUGAGUAAUUAUGUGCUUUUGUAUUAUUAUUUUUUUUAACAUGUUUCUAUUUAGCUUUAUUUUAAUGGUAGUAAUUUUGUGCUUUUGCCGUUUCUUACAUUUCUAUUUAGCUUU